UUAGAUUACGGAUUUUCGACUUACAAUCUAAGACCCAAUUGGCGCAAGGUCCUCGAACCAUAAAUCAACGGCGUCUUCAUCUUUGGUGGCAAAACCGACUUCGGCAAGGGCAAGAAUUUCACAGAUUCAAUCCAGCGGAUCCCUAAAUUCAUCCUAACAAUCCAGUCUAUCCCUUCGCUUUCUGUUUCUUCUUCUUGCUAUGGGAAAGAGACGAGAGCGUCGCCUUGCAGCUCUCAGUAACGUCGGUCGCCGUGUCAAACUCGAUCUUUUCGCCGAGCCCUCUGGAGAUUUAGAUGGCUCUGAUGGACAUGAAGACGUUGGAGGGGAUAUAGAUACAAGACAGACAACCAAGUUACCUAAAUCAGCAUCCUCUUCAGGUGGGUUCUAUCAGUGUUCUUCAAAAGGACUAUGUAAAGGAGAUAUGAGUGCUUCACAUUAUAAUGGUGGAUAUUUCAAACUAUAUGUACAAGACUUUGUGUUUUUUGCCCCAAGAAUUUGUUUUCAGUCUAUAGGGUGACAGUGGUCUUUGGGACACCAAUUAUCAGAUCUGGUCGGGGCCCCUACCACAAUGAACAUGUGAAUGACUCUCAAUCAUUAUGCCCUUUUUGAUAUCAUCGAGGCAUUUUGGAGAUUUCGACAGGGAAAAUUUUUCAUCGGUUACCAAACCCAAAAUCCCUUGCUGUUACUUGAGCAAUAUAGUGAUGAUGACGUUGAUGGCGACUUGAAUAAAAAUUCAGAUCAGGAUGGACAAGAUGAUUUGUUACCUGAGCGCAAUGAUGAGGUUGCUGCAGUUUCUACUGAGGGAUGUGAGAAUAUGGAUACAAAUGUUGGUGAAGACCUCAUUGCUGAAAAGACUGUUCAGGAAGAAUCAGAACGAGUUUCUGUUAAAAUUUCUGAGAACAUGGAGAGUAAAGAUGAAGCAAAAACCGACACUAAUGGCUUGGGAUAUUUAAGCAAGGAAAGUGAUCUGGUUCAAACAUCUGUACCAACCAUAUCUAAUGUACAAGUCUCAGGGGAUGUUAUUUCAGGAUGGAGGAUUGUUAUGCAUGAGGAGAGCCAUAAUUAUUAUUACUGGAAUGUUGGAACUGGGGAAACUUCAUGGGAAGUACCUGAUGUUGUUUUAACUCAGGCUCAGCCUACUCAAUCAACCACUGAUAUUAAAACAUCUCCUACUCAAUUUCCAGAGAAUGUUACAGUAUUUAAACAGGAAUCUGGUUUAACUAAUGGUGGGAAGUUAGGUGCUUUUUCAGCAGAAAGCACAGGUUACAAGAAUAGUGUUCCAGUAACUGCAAGUCAGGGUUCUGAGGUUGACCAAAGCUAUGCUGCCUUAAGUACCUGUUCAAAUGAUGUGAAUAUAACAAAAGCUGCUUCUGAGAUCUAUGUUGAUUACAUGGUGACUAAUGAAGAACUGAAAUCAUCAGGGUCGGAUCUUCCUUCUCAUCUUCUGACCUGGAGUGCGAGCUUGUUAGAGAAAUUGAAAUCAUUACAAAAGUCUGGAGGUCAUGAAUGGACAUCUAAGUACAUAUUGGAAACUCAAGUUAGACUUUCAGAUUUUAUGUCACUGAUGCCCUAUAAGACAUCGUUGGUUCCAUUUUGGGAACACUCAGCAAGGAAGCUUAAACAGAUUGAAGAUGACGUUAACAAAGAAAUUUAUCAAACUGCUGCUGUAUCAUCCCAAUUGGAUGAAGCCAAGGCUACUGAUAGUCCAAAGAGUGUAAGAGUGGAAACAUUUCAGGAAAGGUCGAAUGUUGAGUCUGAAGUAGAGAGAGUGGCAAACUGUUGUGUCUCUGCUUUGGAGCAUUCUCAUUUGCCUACUGAUUCAGCUUCUUUGAAACUCCAAGGGGACCAAAGCCAAGUAACCAUCAUUGCAAAUGAAGAAAAUAUUUCACCAUCUAAAGCCAUUGACCAGUUAGGAAACUCUACUGUUGCGACUGAGCAUGCAAGUGAAGUUGCAACUGAUGAAAUGGCUUCCAAGAGUGGUGUACAUUCUGUGGAAGAUGUCGACAUGGAGGUGGAUAUGGAAGUUGAAGAUGCUAGUUCUGCAGGUAACUUGAUGAUGGCUGGUACGUCAGAUAUGUGCGUAACUUUCUUGGAGCAACAACUUCAGCCAGAUCCACCGGCCCAUCCAAAUCUUUCCUCUGGAUAUGCAUACAUGUUAUCAGAGGAUGACUCUAUAGCACCACCACCACCACCACCGGAUGAGGAAUGGAUUCCCCCCCCACCACCUGAUAAUGAAGAUGUUUCUCCACCCCCACCUGAUGAGCCAACCGAGCCAUUAUAUCCUAUGGCCCCAUCUUAUACCCAACUUGGGCAGCCUCUUUGUUACACCGAACCGUAUCGAGUGUCCUACCCUGAUUCUAGUAUUGAGUAUUACGUACAUCCUGCCCCUGAAGUUGUCCCUAGUGCAGACUUCUAUGGACAUCCGGAAGCAUGUAAUAUUGUUUUGGCUCAAACACCAUUUUAUUAUGAGCCAGUUCCAAAUUCGCAUGCCGAUUCUGCUUCCAUAGUUGUAAAUGGUGUUUUGCCUGAAGGUUAUGGUAUUCUUCAAAAUGCAACAGCUACUCUUCCCGUCUUUAGUACAACAGAGUCUUCUCAGUUGCAUGUUGAUUCCUCAUCUGCAAGAUUGCAUCCUUCUUCCUCUGUUCAAUAUGGAUCUUCCGAUGCAGCAAAUAUGAAUACUGCUUCUGCUGAGGAUGAAAUUGACAAGAGACGUGGAGAGACCACAACAGCCUCCUUCCGAGCGUCUACUUCAGGUUCCCCAACUAAUGAUGUUCUGCCAACAACUAAAGCUGUUACGGAUUCUUCCUCUGUUGCUCAUACAUCCACAGUUUCCAAGGUUCAACCAAAAGCUCUGCGCAGCAAAAAGCGGACAGUUACAGUUGCUCCCUCCUUAAGAUCAAAUAAGAAAGUUUCAAGUUUGUUGGACAAGUGGAAGGCAGCAAAAGAAGAACUCGAAGAUGAGGAAGAACCAGAAAAUGCUUAUGAGAUUCUAGAGAGGAAACGAGAAAGGGAAAUAAAGGAAUGGCACGCCCAGCAGAUUGCCAGUGGGGAUGCAAAAGAAAAUGCCAACUUUCAGCCUCUUGGGAGCGAUUGGCGCGAGCGGGUAAAGCGAAGGAGAGCUCAAUCAUCAAGUGAAGCUACUCAAUCCCCUGUUGAAGCACCCACAGGUGGGAACCAGCAACCUGACUUGGCAGAAAUCUCAAAAGAUCUCCCCUCAGGAUGGCAGGCAUAUUGGGACGAGUCGUCAAAACAGGUGUAUUAUGGUAAUGUUAACACCUCAGAAACGUCGUGGAUGAAACCAAGCAAGUGAACCAACAUUUAUCUCUUAGUUGAGUAGUUUUAUCUUUUGGAGGGAGCUGAGGGAUAAAAUAUAAUGUGAAAAGGGUGUUGGUAUUGUAUAGUUUUCACGAGUACGCUAACUUGUCAAGAGUAGAGGAAAAUGACAAAGUCUACAAUUUUGCUGAUUGAUGAUUGUUCAAUCAAAUUUGUCAUCUUCCCCCCUCUGUGGAUGGUUUGUUUGCCGUAAACUGUAGGCUCCUCAUGUUACGUUCUUUUUGUUGCUAAAUUCAGUUGACUCCAUUACCCAACGUUUGGUUCCUCUAAUAGAUUAUUAUUAAUAUUAUUGUACAUACCGAA